AUGGCAGCCUCCAGGGGGAACAACAUCUUCCCCAGAAACCCCUACUACCUCCCUGGCUACACGGGCUACGUCCCUCAGUACACCUUCAGGUUUGGAAAAACCUACGGCAGAACCACCCACGAUGUGCUGACAGACCCUGCCGUUGCCAUGAGCCCUCGCUCCGUGCUGGCCCCGCUGCACAAGCUGAAAACCGUCAGUGAGUUCAGUUCCCUCCUUGGGCAGCCAGGGUACUCUCCUUAUGAUGCUGCAGCAACCUCUCCCGAGCUGCUCCUGGGGCCCAGGCCCAUCCUGCCGGGGCCGGGGCGGGCGCAGGAGGAGCCCAUGAUGGUGCACAUGAACCCCACGCACUGGGAGCGCCCCGCGGACACGGCCGCGCCCGGCGCCCACCAGACCUGGCCCAACCAGUGGGGCCCAGGGGGGCUCUCCCUGCACCCUGCGGCCGACGAGAGGGAGAGGCAGCUGUCUGAGGUGCCCUUAUCCUGCUGCCAGGGAAAAGGGCCUGGGUCCGGGCAGCUCUGCGGCCCCUGCGAGGCGAGCAGGGCGCUCGAAACUGGAGGCUUCACGCUGCCAGGAGGGGCUGAGAUCCCAUAUGAGGAGCAAGAAGAUCCAUUGCCAAUACUGCCUGUCCCAAAUGCCAUCCGACAGAAAGUCACUUUAGGGUACACUGGAUUCAUCCCCUGCUUCACCAACAAUCUUGGUCUGACCUAUCCCGGUGUGAGGAAGGCAAUGAAGGAAUUUGACUACUACCAGAUUUUGAAGAAAAAUCCACCUUUCACCUUGGGCAUGAAAUUUCCCCUGACACACUGGCCAGACACCAAAAUCUACAACAGUGGUGGACUGAAACCUGCCUACACGGGCUUUGUGCCACACCUCCGGGACUUGUACGCGCUCACCUAUGGGAACGGCACCCGGGAAGCUUUCCGGAAAGAACAGAGGAGACGGGGCUUUGCACUGUGAAAACUGC